UCUAGCGCGAAAUAAGCAAAAAAGCCAAAGCAAAGCAAGAGCAUCAAGUGCAGACUAAAACCGCACAAUUUGAGGUAAUCUCCGAGGACGAAGUCUCGUUUCUGGAGGAGAUUCAGUCGCCAAAAGAGACACUGCAAGAAGAUCCUUCGUUGGAUGCUAGCUAUCCUUGGCAUCAAGUGUACGAGAGUGUGUGCGUGCGUGUUCCUACACCAAUAUAAGUGUGCGCUUGGUGCGUGUGUGUGUGCGUCAAUCUUGACGAGAACGAAAGUCGCUCCCUUCCAGAGUAAACAAAAACAAAGCACUUGGAUGUGAGCUCCAGGAUCGGGCUCAGUGCAAGGAUCGAGACCUAGAUCAGGAUCAGGAAAGAGCAACAGUAAAGUCCACCAGCAGAAGCAACAUGUCCUCGUCGACAUCAGAGCGCAAGCGCUACCACAAGGACAACGCGCCCACGGAUGACAUCCUUACGUUAAUCAAUCUGGUCCGCCAGAAUCCGGCACUCUACAACUACAAACUGCAGCCGAACCAACGACGCCGUUCUGAUGUUCUAAAUGGAUGGCAGGAAGUGGCCCAGCAGAUAGGAAAUAAGUACACUGUUCAGGAGGUGCGUCGCAAGUGGAAGAACCUGCGGGACACGUUCCACCAGUAUCGCCUGCGCACGCCCAAGUAUAUUGAAGGCCGACUGUCCAAAUGGCGCUACGCGAAGGAAUUGGAGUUCUUGUCGACGGUGUACCAGCCAAAGUUGAAAUCACAUCGUAACACGCAGAGCGGCUAUGAGACAAGUGGAGGAGGAGGCGGCGGAGGUGUUGGUGGCGCUAAUAGCACCACUUUGCCCAUUGGAGCGAUGCUGCAUUUGAAACAGCAUGUGGACGAUGAUGAUGACGAGGUUGUUGACGAUGACGGGCAAUCAGAUCAUGAUACUGCCACGUUGUCAUCGCAUCAUGGCGCCUCGCAGAUCACCUUGGUUAGUGAUGAGGCGGAGACCUUUAUUUUGACCGCCUACGAGGAGGGCGUAUCGGAUGACACAGUAUCGCAGCAUCAUCAUCACCAUCAUCAUGGCCACCACCAGCAGCAGCAACAUCAUCACCACCAGCCGCACCACCAUCACCAUCAUCAUCAUCAGUCGCAGCACGAUGGCAGUAUCUCUAGCAUUGAGCUUUCCCAGAUUGCCCACGAUGACGAUGUGGUCGAUGAUGUCGAUGACGACGACGAUGUGGUGGAUCACGAUGGCCAAAUGGAUAUUGUGAAACAUGAACUGGACGAAGAUGGAGCCACUGGAGCCGAGGUGGAUUAUGAGGAAGUGUGCCUGUACGAGGAGGCCAGCGGUGCCCAUGUGGAUUGCGAAAUGGGCGUUGGAGAUGCCGUAGACGGCGGUAGUGACGUUACCCAUAGCAAGGGCUUCCACUAUAUCGAUGCCCAUGAAUUUUGCAUAUCGGACAUUGAACCGCAAUCAGUACGCUCCAGCCAGCAUCAGUUCUCGAGCAGCGGGGGAUCGGGCAAUACGUCGAAUAGUGUUCUUGCCGGUGGCACCGUGGUAGCCGAUGGCAAGCUCAAGAAUCUCACGCUGGUAACCACAACUUCUGCAACGCCGGCCGGUGGAUCAUCAAAUCGUCAUGAUUCCUCGGUGUCCACACAGCAGAUUUCUCUUGUGGAUGUGACCGAGGCUACAAGUACCAGUGUAACGAUUUCCAGCACGCCGGCCAUAUCACUAAAUGCCGCAACAGUAACAACCACGCCGGCAGCGGCGCUGUGCAACACCACAUCCUUCACAUCCACGCCGACAGCCACAAUCCUUCAACUGCCACCCCUGAGCUGUGGAUCUGGGCAGCCAUUGGCCGUUAGUGCAGCGGCCAGCAGCUCCAACAAUCUCAUCAAAGAGGAGGAGCUGAAUCAGCAACAACAGGUUGCCCAGGCGUUGGCCAAGCGAGAUGAGCUGGAUCUGUUUUUCGACUUUCUCAAGAAGAAGUUGCAGUGUUUCAGCAAGACACAGAUCACGCACAUUCAGAUGGAGUUCCUCAAUUGCGUAAGUCGGCAGGAGGCGGCCGAGCAGGAUAGCAAAGAUUAGGGACGUUUUUGUUUCUGUUUUACCCCCACUACCCCUGAGUAGUUGCUUAGUUUUUUCCAUGUAUAGGAUUAGGAAUCGUACCGUUUACCAGUUUGCUAGUUCGCGGCUUCCGUGUUCUUCAGUUAGCUUUACCCUUUUAUCCACAAAGACCUUAAAACCCUGAGUCCUUCACUCAUCCCUUUGCACCAACCAAUAGCGUUAUACAUAUAUAUAAAACCCGGCGUUAUAAACAAUUGUAAUUGAAUAUAAUUGUCAAAUAAAACGAUUCUCGAAAAUAAUACAAAAUCUGCGUAGUUUACGGCAAGAUAGUAUAAAAUUCGGAAUGUUCUAAGGUGGAAAAUUCGGUUGCAGUCAUACAACUAGCUCUAAAUCUUUGAUUCUCCCAGUUAACCUUUUUUAAACCCCAAACUUAAAGUUGUAUACAUUUAAAAAAAAAGAUAAUAAAAAUUGGCAUAUAAUAGAAUAACAUAAGAAGUUUUAAAAUGAAUUAGAUUAUAAAAAAUAAAAAUUAUGCAAAUAUAAUUUUAAACAGGAAAAUUAGAAUAAGUACUGGCUUUUACAAAAAAAAAUUAACUACUUUACAAAAUCACGAAUUAUUUGAAAAUAAAUAUAUGAAGAAACUCCA